UGUGCUUUUGUGGUUCCCAGAGACGGAUGAUAGCAUGCGAGCCUUUGCCGAAAAGGUGUUCGCAUGCGACAGCAAGGAUGAGACCAUUCGUGAUGAGGUCUCUCUAUUUGAUGUGGCGGAGGAUUGCCCCAUCCUCAACCAAGAGCACUCUAAGCAUCUGCAACAUGAUGACAACAUUGAAAAGAGGAAGAAGAUGAUGUCCCGUGCCCGUGAGGUUCUACUGGUGGACAAGCCAGCCUACUUGGAGGUGCCUGACUUCCAGAGGGUUGCCAUCAUGGGAGACUUUGCCACUGGGGUGACCAUGGAUGAUUUUGAGCUGUCUUGCAAAGGCGUGUACCGUGCCCUGGUCAUCAGGGAGAAGUACAUGAGGCUCGCCUUCCAGCGUUUCCCCUUCACUGUCUCUGAGUACCUGUGUAAAAUUGAGGGCAAGACUUGGAAUCCUGAGGACCAGGUGCACCCAGUGUUUACUUCUCCACCUAAGGCUGGAGAAGAUCCAUUCGAGACAAAGUCCUUUCCCGAGGAUCUGAACUACGUGGCACGCAUGCGGGAUGGUGUCGUCUGCGUCUACAAAGACGCUCAGGCCUCUGACAAGAACGAGUCCAUUGGCCUGCCGUUUCCUGACCUCGCCACCUUUAUUGACGAUAUGAACUUCCUAAUCGCUCUCAUCGCUCAAGGCCCAACUAAGACAUACACUCACCGUCGUCUGAAGUUCCUGACGUCCAAGUUCAACGUGCAUGAGAUGCUGAAUGAGAUGGAGGAGCUGAAGGAGCUGAAGAACAACCCCCACAGAGACUUCUACAACACCAGGAAGGUUGACACCCACAUCCACGCAGCUGCCUGCAUGAACCAGAAGCAUCUGCUUCGCUUCAUCAAGAAGUCUUACCGCGAAGACUGUGACCGUGUGGUGCACAAGCUGAAGGGCAAAGAAGUCACCAUGAAGGAGCUUUUUGAGUACCUCAAAAUGCAUCCUUACGACUUGACCGUGGACUCACUGGAUGUGCAUGCUGGCAGGCAAACGUUCCAGCGCUUUGACAAGUUCAAUGCAAAAUACAACCCGGUGGGAGCCAGUGAGCUGCGUGAUCUUUAUAUGAAGACUGAGAAUCAUAUUUCUGGAGAGUACUUCGCCGCCAUCAUCAAGGAAGUGGCUAGUGACCUUGAAGAUGCUAAGUACCAGUAUGCCGAGCCCCGUCUGUCCAUCUAUGGCUGCAAAAAUGAUGAGUGGGCCAAGCUCGCCAGUUGGUUCAACAAGCACAGAGUGUUUUCCCCCAACCUCAAGUGGAUGAUUCAAGUGCCUAGAAUCUAUGACAUUUUCAGAGGAAGGGACUUUGUACCUCACUUUGGAAAAUGUCUGGAGAAUAUUUUCCUGCCUGUCAUUGAAGCUACCCUAAGACCUCAUGCUAACCCAGAACUCAGUGUCUUCCUUAAACACGUGACAGCCUUUGACAGUGUGGAUGAUGAGUCCAAGCACAGUGGACACAUGUUCUCCACCAAGAGCCCCAAGCCUGACGAGUGGGAGAUUGUGAAGAACCCAUCCUACACUUACUACAUUUACUACAUGUAUGCCAACAUUGCGUACAUCAACCAACUGCGCAAGGAGAGGGGAAUGAACACGUUCCAGUUCAGGCCCCACUGUGGAGAGGCUGGAGCUGUCACUCACCUGCUCGCCUGCUUCAUGACUGCUGACAACAUCUCUCACGGCCUCAACCUGAAGAAGAGUCCAGUGCUGCAGUACCUGUACUUCCUGGCUCAGAUCCCCAUUGCCAUGUCUCCUCUGAGCAACAACAGCUUGUUCCUAGAGUAUGCCAAAAACCCACUGCUGGAGUUCCUGAAGAAGGGCCUGAUGAUUUCGCUCUCCACUGAUGACCCCAUGCAGUUCCAUUUCACUAAGGAACCCCUCAUGGAGGAGUAUGCCAUUGCUGCUCAGGUGUUCAAACUCAGCACCUGCGACAUGUGUGAGAUCGCCAGGAACAGUGUGAUUCAGAGUGGCCUGUCCAUACAGGAGAAGAAACACUUCCUUGGUGAAAACUACCAUAAGGAAGGUCCUGAAGGCAACGACAUUCGCAAAACAAAUGUGGCCCAGAUCAGGAUGGCCUACCGCUAUGAGACACUGACAUACGAGCUCAACCUUAUCAAGGAGUGCCUGAAGAAUGACUAAGUGGCCUUCACCGUGAUGACAUUUUGGUCCUCUUUCACUGGUCUUCUUUGUUAUAGGUUACAUACAUACUGAGGUAGUUUACUGCUGAACAAAAUUCAGAGACAUGAAAUAAAGAAAUGUGGUACAAAAAUGA